CCCGGUGACCUUCAGGGCCCGGGCGACGGGCGUAGGCCCCGGCGUUGGCGGCGGCGGCGGCGCGAUGUUCGUGCAGGAGGAGAAGAUCUUCGCGGGCAAGGUGCUGCGGCUGCACAUCUGCGCGUCCGACGGCUCCGAGUGGCUGGAGGAGGCGACCGAGGACACCUUGGUGGAGAAGCUCAAGGAGCGCUGCCUCAAGCACUGUGCUCAUGGGAGCUUAGAAGACCCCAAAAGCGUCACCCAUCACAAAUUAAUCCAUGCUGCUUCAGAGAGAGUGCUGAGUGAUACCAAAACAAUCUUGGAAGAGAACAUCCAGGACGAAGAUGUCUUGCUGUUGAUAAAGAGGCGUGUUCCAGCUCCGCCCCCUAAGAUGGCUGAUGUCUCAGCAGAGGAAAAGAAAAAACAAGAGCAGAAAGCCCCGGAUAGAGAUGCUAUAUUUCGCGCCACUGCCAACCUGCCCUCCUACAACAUGGACCGGGCUGUGGUCCAGACCAACAUGCGAGAUUUCCAGACAGAGCUCCGGAAGAUCCUGGUGUCUCUCAUCGAGGUGGCUCAGAAGCUGCUGGCACUGAACCCGGACGCGGUUGAGUUAUUUAAGAAGGCCAACGCCAUGCUGGACGAGGACGAGGACGAGCGCGUGGACGAGGUGGCUCUGCGGCAGCUCACGGAGAUGGGCUUUCCCGAGAGCAGAGCUGCCAAGGCCCUGCGGCUGAACCACAUGUCGGUGCCUCAGGCCAUGGAGUGGUUAAUCGAGCACGCAGAAGACCCCACCAUUGACACACCUCUUCCAGGCCCAGCCGAACAGGGAGAAGCGGGUGCUGAGGCCUCAGCUGCUGCUGGGACUAGCGCGGAGGAUGAGGAAGCCAGAGACGAGCUGACAGAAAUCUUUAAGAAGAUCCGGAGGAAAAGGGAGUUUCGCCCUGACGCUCGGGCCGUCAUCUCCCUGAUGGAAAUGGGAUUCGACGAACAGGAGGUGAUGGACGCCCUGAGAGUGAACAACAACCAGCAGAACGCGGCCUGCGAGUGGCUGCUGGGAGACCGAAAGCCCUCUCCCGAGGAGCUGGACAAGGGCAUCGACCCCGAGAGCCCUCUCUUCCAGGCCAUCCUGGAUAACCCAGUUGUGCAGCUGGGCCUGACCAACCCGAAAACGUUACUAGCGUUUGAAGACAUGCUGGAGAACCCACUCAACAGCACCCAGUGGAUGAAUGACCCGGAGACUGGGCCGGUCAUGCUGCAGAUCUCGCGCAUCUUCCAGACCCUGAACCGCACGUAGGCCGUUCUGCCCCGCUGCCGCUCCCGCAGCCUGCCUGGGGGUGGGCCAGGGUCCACCAGGCCCUCUUCUUCCUUCCAGCCAAGCUGCGGGAGGAGCGGGCGGACCCCAAGUCUGUGGGGCUGAGGAGGGCCAGGCCAGAGGGGACCCCCCCCCCAGGUUGUCAGGUGCCGGUUCUCAUGCUUUGAUCUUCCUGCUGAAACCCCUGGUGGCCGCGUGCUCGGCCCGGCUCCAGCCUCCGACAGUGUUUACAGACGCGCGGUCGUCACACCCGCCAGGGGUCACCUCCCUCCAAGUGUCCUUUCGGGCUCUUGAAAGGCUACUUGAAUUGACCCAUAGGCGCUGCUUGUAGAGUCCGCUUGUUACGAAAGAAGGCAUGUUUCCAUCCAAACUGUUAAUGUCAAAGGCACUAACUUAAGUAGAAGAUACACAGAUGACUUUUCUUUAAUAAACUCCCCUUUUCCAAU